CCGACGUACCCGGAACUGUUUCCAAGGUUUCCUCACAUUCGGUGGUGGCGCGACGGCGGGCUCUGGGAUCCGAAGCAACCGAGAUCUCCCUUAGCUCGGGAGAGCGCUCCCUUCUCUAGCGGCUGAGGGCACCCGGCGGCUCGGGGAACCCGGCGGCGGCGAUGGCUCCGGUGUCGCGUUCGCGCAGCCCGGACGGGGAGGCCUCGGGCUUUGGGGGGAAGCGUCGCAGUUUGUCCAAGAGCCCUAAGCCCAGCAAAUCCGCCCGCUCCCCGCGGGGCCGCCGCUCCCGCUCGAGCUCUCGCUCGCACUCUUGCUCUCGGUCUGGGGACCGGAAUGGUGUCAGCCAUCAGCUAGGUGGCUUCAGCCAAGGGUCCCGAAACCAGUCUUACCGAUCCCGCUCGCGGUCACGCUCCCGAGAGCGGCCCUCGGCGCCGCGGGGCAGCCUCUUCACUUCGGCCUCAUCGACCGCGUAUUAUGGCGGCUACUCACGCCCCUACGGGAGCGACAAGCCGUGGCCUAGCCUUCUGGACAAGGAGAGGGAGGAGAGCCUGCGGCAAAAGAGAUUAAGUGAGAGAGAGAGGAUUGGAGAAUUGGGAGCUCCUGAAGUAUGGGGACUUUCUCCAAAGAAUCCAGAACCAGACUCUGAUGAACACACACCAGUAGAGGAUGAUGAGCCAAAGAAAAGCACUACUUCAGCUUCUACUUCAGAAGAAGAAAAGAAGAAGAAGAAGAAGAGGAAGUCUAGUCAUUCAAAAGAAAGGUCCAAGAAAAAGAGAAAGAAAAAAUCAUCUAAAAGAAAACGCAAGAAGUAUUCAGACAGCGACAGUGACUCUGACUCUGAAACGGACUCCAGUGAUGAAGAUACAAAAAGAAGAGGAAAGAAAGCCAAGAAAAAGGAAAAGAAGAAGAAACACAGAUCGAAGAAAUACAAGAAAAAGAAGUCUAAGAAGAAUAGAAAAGAUUCCAGUGAUUCAAGCUCUAAAGAUUCCCAAGAAGAGUUUCUGGAGAAUCCCUGGAAGGAUCGAUCAAAGCCUGAAGAACCCUCAGACUUAAUUGGCCCAGAGGCUCCAAAAACACUUGCCUCUCAGGAUGAUAAACCUUUGAACUAUGGCCAUGCACUGUUGCCUGGUGAGGGUGCAGCUAUGGCUGAAUACGUAAAAGCUGGGAAACGUAUCCCAAGAAGAGGUGAAAUUGGCUUGACAAGUGAAGAAAUUGCAUCAUUUGAAUGCUCGGGUUAUGUAAUGAGUGGUAGCAGGCAUCGCCGAAUGGAGGCCGUGCGACUGCGGAAAGAGAACCAGAUCUAUAGUGCUGAUGAGAAGAGAGCCCUGGCGUCCUUUAACCAAGAAGAGAGGCGAAAGAGAGAAAACAAGAUUCUGGCCAGUUUUCGAGAGAUGGUAUACCGAAAAACUAAAGGGAAAGAUGACAAAUAAGGAUUUUCUGAUUGUUCAGCAGACAUUUUUAACAACAAAAAAAAGUCUGGGUUCCACAUAUACAUACAAAAAGAUUAUUAUGAUCUGAAAAAUGAAAAAGCUUUACAGUGCUACUGUGCCUUCUAUUUAAUUCUUGUAGUCCUUCAAUAAAAAGCUGCUUAUUGAUAUAAUUUUA